AUGGGGGCGCUGCUGGUGCUCUGCGUCCUCGUGGGCUCGCUGCGCUGGGGCCUGGCGGGCGCCCAGCAGCCCGGGGAAUACUGCCACGGCUGGGUGGACGCCCAGGGCAACUACCACGAGGGGUUCCAGUGCCCCGAGGACUUCGACACGCGGGACGCCACCAUCUGCUGCGGCUCGUGCGCGCUGCGCUACUGCUGCGCCGCCGCCGACGCCAGGUUGGAGCAGGGCGGCUGCACCAACGACCGCGGGGAGCUGGAGCAUCCCGGCAUCACCGCGCAGCCUGUCUACGUCCCCUUCCUGAUCGUCGGCUCCAUCUUCAUCGCCUUCAUCAUCUUGGGCUCUUUAGUGGCUAUCUAUUGUUGCACCUGUCUGAGACCCAAGGAACCCUCCCAGCAGCCAAUCCGCUUCUCCCUCCGCAGCUACCAGACAGAGACCUUGCCCAUGAUCCUCACCUCCAGCAGCCUCAGAGCGCCUUCCAGGCAGUCCAGCACGGCCACCAGCUCCAGCUCCACAGGAGGCUCUGUCCGAAGAUUCUCCUUUGCCAGGGCUGAGCCAGGCUGCCUGGUGCCCUCGUCACCCCCACCUUACACCACUGGCCAUGCCAUACACCUAACCCAGCCAUCCGGUUUCCUGGUGUCACCCCAAUAUUUUGCAUACCCUCUCCAGCAAGAGCCCCCAUUACCUGGGAAGAGCUGUCCAGAUUUCAGCUCUAGUUGACGGGGCAUUGGCUGUGAACAGGCCACACAGUGAAAUGGCAGCCAGGUGGAGUGUUGCUGUCUUGGCCAACCCACGCUCAGUUCUGAGGAGAUUCAGGAUAACCCAUCAGCAUCGUGGAAGAGACGUCCAGAAAGAUACAGCACUUUUUUCUUGUCUUGAGGUCCUUGACUACAAUGACAGGAGGUCUGACUUUGCAAACGUGAUGAACAUGACAGUUUAUUUUCCUUUUGCUAAAGCAUCCAGCAGUCUGAUGUUCAGUUAGCAAAUUGAAGUAAAAAAAAACUUACUGGACAAUUCAGCUAUCCUUUGUAGAACAGUGCCCUGCCCCGUGUUCUUUUUCCUGUGUUGGUUGAAUUAUAGUACAAAUAUACAUUAAUAAGGAAGAACAUACCCUUAAUUGUAAUUAUAAAGGUGCACUUAAAAAUUAACUGUUAAGUAAACCUGAGGGGGCAGUGAACUGCCUAUUUAUACUUUUGGGGGCGACCUAACUGUAAGUAAUAUUAGUAUGAUGAGAACAUCACUUCUAAGAUUAACAACAAAUUUUGUUUAAAAUACGAGUUUUCGUUUUCCAAAACACAAGGUUUCGGUAACCACAUGGGAAGCUUAAAGUUUUAAAUAUAUGCUCAGACAUUUGUUGUGACACAGAUUCUGUGUGAAAGCACUUCCCCCACCAACCUGAGGGAAUAUUUAUUGUAGACUUUUUUUGUUGUUGUUCAGCAAUAUUAGUGUUUAAAGUGAAAGUUGGACAAUUGGGUCUUAAAACAUAUAUUUGUAUAAAGAGGUUAUAUAUAAGUGUGAAGAACUGUAAUUUAAUUUACUUACCAAAUUGACAGCACUAAUUAUUGAGAAGACGCACUGUAACUUCUGUGGAGGUUAGAGACCAGCUGUUAGUGUCAUCAUCAAGCAUUCUACAUUUUAUUUGCCACUGUGUUUUGAUGUCUGAUGACUGCACAUA